UCAGCAAAUUUAUCGAUGUUUUCCCACGUCUAUUGUUAAUUUGCUGUCACACUGAACGUCGGUUUGAUUUUGAUAAAAGCAAUUCGAAUAAUGUUUUUGGCACGCAACAUUACCAAAGCAGCAUGGGCCACUGUGCGCUCUAAGCAUACGCUUCCCAAACUGCCAUACGAUUAUGCAGCACUGGAACCAAUCAUUUGCCGUGAAAUAAUGGAACUCCAUCAUCAGAAGCAUCAUCAGACCUAUGUCAACAAUCUAAAUGCCGCCGAAGAACAGUUGGAGGAUGCCAAGAGCAAGAGUGAUACUACUAAACUAAUUCAGUUGGCACCGGCCCUACGCUUUAAUGGCGGUGGUCACAUCAACCAUACCAUUUUUUGGCAAAAUCUAUCUCCAAAUAAGUCAACGCCAAGCGAUGACCUGAAGAAUGCCAUCGAAUCCCAGUGGAAGAGUUUUGAGGAUUUCAAAAAGGAGCUGAGCACUCUUACCGUUGCCGUUCAAGGUUCCGGCUGGGGUUGGCUAGGCUACAAUAGAAAGACUGGAAAGUUACAGUUUGCGGCCUUGCCUAACCAAGAUCCAUUGGAGGCUUCAACUGGUCUAAUUCCUUUAUUCGGCAUCGAUGUCUGGGAGCACGCAUACUAUUUGCAGUACAAAAAUGUGCGACCAUCUUAUGUUGAGGCCAUCUGGGAUAUUGCUAAUUGGGAUGACAUCUCAUGCCGUUUCCAGGAGGCCAAGAAACUUUUAUAGAUUUCUUACUCCAAUAAACUCUAUGUUUAAUGUAAUGAGAGGGCCUUAGGCUAAUGCUAUAGUCUGAAGACUAAUAAAUUGGUGAUCCAUAAACCUA